GCGGGCGGCGGGGGGCGCGCGGCGGGCGCUCUCCUCUCGGCCGGCCCCGGGCCGGCUCCCCCCGCCGGCUGCGCGCCGCCCCCGGGGCGCGGCGGCAAGGGACCUGCCCGGCGCCCCGCUAUUUAGUCCAUCCCCCCUCCCGCCCUCCUCCUCCUCCUCCUCGGAGACCCCGAGCCGCGGGCGGGCCAUGGCUGGCGGCGGGGCGGCGGGCGCGCGCUGAGCGCCCUCGGAGCGCACGCACACCCCCCACCUCCCUCCCCCCCGCCUUCUCGCCUUCGCCGCCGUCGGGGCGCGGCCGCACCAUGUCGGCCGUCGCCUACGUGGACUUCGUGGCCGCGCAGUGCCUGGUCUCCAUCUCCAACCGCUCGGCCGUGCCCGAGGCGGCGCGGCUGAAGUUGCCCGGCGAGGGAGAGGCGGCCCGGGAGCUGCGGGACCCCCGCGACGCCUGGAAGGACUACUGCGCGCUGCUGGCCAUCGCCAAGAGCCUGCUGGAGCUGAACAAGUACCCGCCGCUGCCCGCCCCCUCCGUCUGCAGCGACAGCGUGGAGAGCCCCGACGAGGACGCGGGCUCCGACAGCGACGCGGGCACCGAACCGGGCUGCAGCCCGCCCCGCAGCGCGGCCCCGGGGCCGACCCCCCGCCUGCGCGCCGCCCCCAAGGGCAAGCUGCCGCCCGAGAAGCGGCACAAGUGCCCCUACAGCGGCUGCGGGAAGGUCUACGGCAAGUCCUCCCACCUCAAAGCGCACUAUCGGGUGCACACAGGCGAGCGACCAUUCCCCUGCACAUGGCCCGACUGCCUUAAAAAGUUCUCCCGCUCCGACGAGCUCACCCGGCACUACCGAACCCACACUGGUGAGAAACAGUUUCGGUGCCCACUCUGUGAGAAGCGGUUCAUGCGGAGCGACCACCUGACAAAGCAUGCCCGCCGCCACACCGAAUUUCACCCCAGCAUGAUCAAGCGAUCAAAAAAAUCCAGCUCCAGCAGCUCCUUGUGAGGGCAGGGCUGGCCGGGGGAAGGGGUGGGAGAGAGGCAAACUGCAGAGGGGGUGCAGGCACUGGAGCGUAAGCAUCCGUUGUGGCACUGGUUGCCCUCGCCAACUGAAAGCAUGUGUAACCAACGUUAAAAAAAAGAAAAUGUACUUUGUGCCCCACCUUCCCCACCUGCACUGGGGACAGUGGUAUGGAUCAAGUGGAUUAUGGGGAUGAAAGGAGGGAGGGGAUGGCCAGCAAUGGAGGUGACCACCUCCUUUAAUGUAAAGCAUUGAUGCUGGUGUACAUACUGAUUCAUCUGGCCUGUGCCACCACAGUAGCCUGACCUCAAAGUCUUUGUGAUUGCUGUGUCAUGAACAUGUUUUGUUAAACAGUGUAAUGCUGCUUGUAUUUAGAGUUUGUCAAGUAAAACCACUUUCCAAGUCACAUAAAUAUCUCUCUGAUGAAAACUCCGUAGCACAUUGUAGAAGUGGGUUUACUUCUGUCUCAGAAUGAUCCUGCAUUUUAAGAGACUGUUAAGAGAAACAUUACUUGUGUUACUGUUAGCUUCUGAUUGAUAUACUGAGGUAAGAAGAAUUUAUACUCAAGAAUGCCCAUUACAGCAAAUGGGUCUUUUAAAUUUUUCUUUAUAUUAACUAUACUUUUGAAUAUAAGUUGCACCUUUUCAGUAAAAACAUGUAUAAUUCAAGCAGAUACUAAAACAAAAAAAAAGAAAAACCACAACAGCUCAGUUGUUUUCUGGCAGUAUAUGUAUUUAGCUCUGUUAUCCACUUCCCUGUGAAAAUACAAGUCAGCCUAGAUAACGUGGCAGGGGCAUGGGAGCAGAAACAUACAUUUCUCAAUUGAUCCUAUACUUUUAAUUUGUCAAUAAAUACAAUAAGUACUGUACUAUAGAAAUGCCACUAACAGUGCUUUAUUCUGCUGUGUUUUCUUUGAAUGGAUGCAUAACAGCAGCUAACAUCUUUAUGAACUGCUGCUUUUUCUUAAAGGCUUUUUGUCUUCUGCACUUGCCUUAAAGAUUUAUUCUCUUCAUACCCUUGCUUAAGUCCCGUGGAGUCCUAUGGGAGUUGUGUGUGCUUAUGGAGGGAAUAGACCUUUCCUUAAGCGCACUCUGCUAAUGAAAACAGCUGAAAUUAUUGUAAGGAGCACUUCAGAAGGGCUCCUGUGUCUCUUGCUUGCUGUUUCUGUAAACUACUGGGGAAGAACCAUGAGCUAAUCGGAAGCAGAGCACAGAAGGUGUGUUGUAAUACUCCUUACAACAUAAGCCUCUCUUGGUACUUGGUGUUGUACCCGUGUCAUGCAUGGCAGGUCAAACACUGAUAAAGGCAAUAUUACUUUUAUUUUAAAGCUAAUUUUUUGCUGUUUAAGAGGAGCGAAAAGAUCAGUGAGGGAAAAUUUUUAAGUCAUGGUCAUUAGCUGAGUAGUCUGUUACAAUAAUUUUUUUAAUGUUAAAAGCAUGAACUGUUAGGGGUUAUGAGUGAUUUCUUUUUUCUUUCCCUUCUCCAGCUGCUUAUAGAGGGAGAAUUCUGUUUACACAUUAUUUUUUUCCAGACACAUUUUUCUCUUGUUGAGUUUUACCCUUCCUCCAGAAGAGGAAGGGUAGGUGCAGCCCUUCUACAGAGACUUAAGGCCAAAUUCAUCUUUUGAGUAAUCACACUGAAACUCAGAGUGUUUCCACUGCAGAUGAAUUUAGGUCAUCUUGUAAAAUUCUGUACAUAAAAAAUCUUGCUAUUACACUUGCAGUAUCUUAUUUACCUGAUAAAAAGCUUGCUUCCUAGUAAGUAAAAGUAAGUAAAAAAUGAACUCAGAGAGUAGAGUGUUUUCUUCUACAGUUAUAUAUGGCAUUCAGCAUUAGAAAUCAGUUUGCAUACAGUGUUUUUACCUGUGUAGUUCAUGAUGAAUUCCGUCUAUGUGAAGAGAACUGCUUUUAAGGCGGUAGGGAUAUAGAGCAGUCUAUGGAAUAAAAAGGGGAUGUGUUUUCUUCAGUGAAGACAUCAGGAAACCAAGCACACUUUCUACCUCUGUUUCAGCUUUUUGAAACAUUUAUUUUAGAAACCAAACUUUAAUUUCUGGUAUCCAAAUUGAGUCUUAGGGACGCAAUGUUCUUCCUAAUAAAAAUAGGUAGCUUUGGUAUUUUUAUUGAUCUAGAAAUACAGAAAGUGUUCUGCUCACCAGUACUGUUAAUGCUGCCCUUUUCAGUGGGGUCAGGGCCACGUGAGCCUAGUGAAAUUCAAAGGUGCGUGCACAUUUAUCUUCAUUCUUCUCUGUGAAGAUCAUGCAAACUUUCAAGUCCUGUGGUCUGGAUUGUUGCCAUUUUGUAGGACAAAUGCAGCACUUGGAAACCUAAGGCCUGAUCCUGUGAAUACAACACCCUCUCACAUCCUAGCCACAACAAUGGGAAGCCACAGCUAAUAAGCAGCUGCUAAAUCAGUACAAAGAUGUUCAGGGCACUUAGCUACCAGGAUUAACCAGUACAUGGAAGUAUAAGGCCAGAUUUAUGGUUUCCACGUUGCAUAUUUGGGGUAGAAUGCACAUUUAAAGAAACACUGUUGUUCCUGCAAAGUCUGAAAGAAUCAUGAGGCAGUGGGUACUUUGGUCCGUAGGACAACAAGAUGUAUAGCUGCGAGUCAUCAUGUGUGACAAGAUCCUGUUUCUGAAAAAAACCUUCCUAAGUGGUAACCCAAUUGCUGUAUUUCAGCGUUAGACAGACGGGAUUGAUGUGAUUCAUUAACCACUAACAGAAACAUUGAGAAUUAUCAGUUUUGAAGAUUUUGUUUUAUUGUUUUGUUCAUUUGGAGUUGGGUUUUUUUUUUCUUAUAGCAAAAGCAAACAAUGGCUGUAACAUAAACUACAGGUUAGUUCUUUGCAUCUUGAAGAGUGUUCCAAAUGUUGGAAAAGAAAAGGAAAAUCAGGUUCUCUAAUACCAUAUGUGCUUCUGCUAUUUCGGAAGUACACUAUUAAUACUUAAUAGUGAUGAUGUUAGGACAGCUCCUCCCCUUGGUUAAGAAAGCCCAUUAGUAUAACGAAGUCAGAGCUUUAAAAGUAGAGCUAUAUAACAUAUUUCUUUUUUUAAUAGCUUUUCAUGACCUGUAUUACAGAUCUGUUUUCAGUUUGCAGAUGGACUUUGCCCAGCAUACACCAGGCUGGACACACACUUCAACAUGCUAUUUUACAGACUAGUGAUCUCUAACACUGUAAAAUACCAACUUCCAACAGUUUAAUCAGUUUUAUUUUUGUACAGUAUUCGUAUCCUUUAUAAGUUAUUAUGCUGUCCUGUUUUGUAAAUCACCUGAAAUUGUAAAAAAAAAAAAAAGAAAAAAAAAAGUAGAGGUAGUUUUUUUGUACAUAUGUGUAUAUAUAUUGUCCAAAUAAAGAAAAAAGAACUUAAAAACCA